GGUGGCUACAAUCAGUUCUAUAAUAAAUACAUCACCGUCAUCCUGCGGUCAUUUGGUUCCAAAUACACAAAUGAGGAUUGUAAGCACGGGAGAUGACACUUUUGGCAGAAAUUUAGGUCCGCAUGAAGUGGGAGAAAUAUAUAUACGGGGCCCACAAGUAAUGAAAGGGUAUUACAAAAAUCCCAAGGCAACAGCAAAUACUAUGGAUGGAGAUUGGUACAAGACUGAUGAUUUAGGGCAUUAUACUGAAGAUGGUACAUUGUAUUUGCAAGGACGAUUGAAGGAAUUGAUAAAAGUAAAAGGAUAUCAAGUUGCACCCACUGAACUUGAAGAAGUAAUUCGUUAUUACGAUAAUGUAAAAGAUGUCGCCGUCAUUGGUGUGACACACGAGAAUUAUGGCGAAAUUCCAAAAGCUUUUGUAGUUCCUAAGUCGGGAGUCAAAAUUAAUGAGAACGAACUCAAAGAAUUUGUCGCUAAACAUGUAGCCAAGUAUAAACAAUUAGGAUAUGUACAAGUUAUAGAAAAUAUUCCGAAAUCUGCAUCCGGAAAAAUUCUUCGAAAAGAACUUGAAAAUUUAUAACAUAUUCUUCAAAUAUCGAGUUUCAUACUCGAAUUGAUGUCAAGAAAUUUACGACUAAAUACUAAGUAAACAUCGAUUUAUACAUGCAUUGUAUCUGCAUCGUGGUUAAAAUUAUGUUUAAUAUUAACAAAAAUGUUUAUUAUAACAAAAAGUGACUAUCUUUCUAUCCAUACAAGACACGGUUGUUUAUUUACAGGAUAAUUUAAAACAAAAUUAUU